CGUAACACGUGACUACCAAACGCGUUAGAUAGAAAAGGUUAUGUAGCCUCGUGUUUGUUUUUGACGUGCAUUCUUAUGUCUUUUUUUAAGUGUAUUUUAAUGUGCUUUUAUUCAAUUGUCUACUCUUUUUUGUUGUAUAAUAUCGAACAAUGACCGUACAAGAAAUGGAUAUUUGUUUAAACAUCUCAACAGAUCCUGGAGUUGGUUUACCUAAAAAUAAAAAGAAGAAACCUAAAAACUUUGUUAAAAGAUUGACGAAAGAAUCGGUAGGUAAAAAAGAAAGUAAAACGAGCAGUGAAUCGAACAAUAUUUUGUCUAAUCAAAGUGGAGGAAUUAAAAGAGUUAAACAAAAAGCAUUGGCAACUAUAGUUGCCAAGAAAUUACAACAAAGUAAUAGUAUCAAUAAUUCUCAGAAUACACAAAAAUUAUCUAAUUCUCAGUUUAAGUUAAAAAAUAAAAGCAAUGCGCUUACAACUGCAACAAAUAAAUUAGAUAAAAUACCUUCCGCUACAAAUACACAGAGUACAGAUUCUGCUAAGAUUGUAACGGAGACAAAUAAUGCUUCUAAUGAGCCAGUCAUAUCGUUUGUUAAAGUUCCCAAAAAAUCACUUAAUAAAACAGUCAUCGCAAAGAAAAGAAAUGUAAGCGAAGCUAGUUCAAAAAAGUCUUUAUCUGAAAUAUUUUCCAAUCAGGUAACAAAAAAGAAUAUAGAAUCAGAUUUGUCAGAUGUAACUUUAAAUGUUAAAACAGAUGACAAUGAUAUGACUCAGACAGCGCAUGAGAAAUCUACUAUAGAACAGUUUCCUAAAAAAUUUGAUCGGAUAAAGCAAUCAAGGAAGUUAGAUACAAAUUUAAACAGUAGGAAAAAGAAUCAAUUUAAGGGUAUUAUAGAUCAUAAAGGAGAAAAAAAUGAAUCUUCCAAUAAAACUUAUCAAAGUUAUAAGAAUCAAACUGGGAAAAGCUCUUCUUUAUUUAAAAAUAAUCCAGAAGUUCCAAAUAUUGGACAGAGACUUGUAAAACCGAUUAGUGAAACAGUUUUCACAAAAAUUAAUUUUUCGGAUCUCGACGUACAUCCUUUUAUGGUAUCAAAUUUAGAACAAAAUAUGAACAUUACUAAAAUGACUACUGUUCAACAAAUGGCGAUUCCUCAAAUAUUUUCUGGGAAAGAUGUUUUAAUCAGAUCUCAAACUGGAUCAGGGAAAACAUUAGCAUAUGCUAUACCAAUUAUUGAAUGCUUACAUAAAAUAAGACCCAAAUUAACAAGGAGUAGUGGUUUAAGCGCAUUAGUCGUUGUACCUACAAGAGAAUUAGCUUUACAAACUUAUGAGUGCUUUUUGAAAUUAAGAAAACCAUUUACAUGGAUUGUGCCAGGUUAUUUAGUUGGUGGAGAAAAAAGAAAAGCAGAAAAAGCUAGAUUAAGGAAAGGUUGUAAUAUUUUAGUCGGUACUCCUGGUAGAUUAUUAGAUCAUAUUAGACAUACAGAAGCUUUAAAAUUAGUUGAUGUUAAACAUUUUGUAUUGGAUGAAGCUGAUAGAAUGUUAGAUGCCGGAUACGAGAAAGAUAUUGCAGGCAUAGUCGACGCUCUUAAAGGAACUAAUAUUACAUCAGAUAAUUCAAAUUAUAAUCCUAUGGAAAUGUUAAAACAAAAUAGUAGAAAAGUUUUCACAGAUGAAGAAACAACUCUUCCAGAAGAAAAUAAUAAAAAAGAACAAAGUUCUAAUGAUAAUGAGGAGACAUCAAAGUUUGAAAAUAAUACAAAUAAUGAUAAAGAUAAUAUAAAAGAUUUAACUAGACAAGCAUAUCACUCGAACAGUGAAAGUGAGUCUGAAGAAGAUGAUUUUCCUGUAAAGAUAAAGAAAAAAAAAGAGAAAAAAUCUUGUAUAAAACCUAUAGAAGAAAAAGAAGAAAAUUUAAAAGCAUCUAAAGAUCUCAUGCAAACUCUGCCAAAAAGACAAACAAUUCUUUUAUCCGCAACAUUAACUCAAGCAGUGGAAAAAUUAGCUGGAUUAGCUAUGCAUAAUCCAGUAUUUGUUGAUGCAGCGAAAGAAAAUCUAGUAACAUUUGGUGGAGAUGAAGAUCAGAUUAAUGAAGACUAUGCAGUCCCUCAAAGCGUGCGUCAAAGUUAUGUAGUAACUCCACCGAAAUUGCGAAUGGUCACUUUGAGUGCUUACAUUGUCGAUAGAUGCAAGCAAUCUGGGCACAGUAAAAUGUUAAUUUUCAUGGCGACGCAAGACAUGGUAGAUUAUUAUACUGAAAUUUUAUCAGUUAUAUUAACUAAAUCGACUGAUGAGGAAGACGAAGAAUCCGACCCUCUUGUAGAUGUAGAAUUUUUAAAAUUACACGGUAGCAUGAGUCAAAAGGAAAGGACGGAAGUUUUUAAAAACUUUAGACUAGCAAAUAGCAGUGUUCUACUAUGCACGGACGUCGCAGCACGUGGAUUGGAUUUGCCGAAGGUGGAUUGCGUUGUACAAUACACGGGACCACUUUCAACUAGGGAUUACGUGCAUCGAAUUGGUCGUACGGCACGUGCUGGUACUUCCGGAUCGGCCAUCAUUUUCCUUACACCGCCGGAAGUUGAAUUCGUGCGAAUGCUCGAAUCCAAAAGAAUUCGGAUUAAUCAGGUAGACAUGGACAAGAUAUUGGGCAAGUUGAUGGGACCAUUAUCCAAGUAUCGUUCAGUUCAGGAGGCUGCUAUUGUUCUUCAGAGAGAAUUCGAAGCUUUACUUUUGGAGGACAAGAAACUUCAUGGGAAAGCGUGCAAAGCAUACGUUUCCUGGAUGCGUUUUUAUUCGUCGUAUCCGCACGACAUGCGAGAAAUAUUCAAUCGAAAGGAAUUACAUUUGGGCCAUUAUGCGAAAAGUUUUGGCUUAAGUGAUAGACCUCAACAAAUCGGUGGAAUCGGAAAGAAAUUGUGCGAACAGGAAACCAAAGUUCAACCCAACAAUAGACUUACCAUCGAUCGGCCUGAUCGGAAGACUCAAGGGAAACAAGAUGGCGUCCACCGUAAUACAGGAAUUUUGAAGAAAGUUAGGAUGUUGAACGUGUCCGAAUACGACAGUGGUUUACCAGCUCUAAAAAAACCGAAGAAAAUUUAAAUCUUAACAAUUUUUAUUAAACACACACAUGCACACACAUACAUAGACACAUAUAUAUAUUUCUAAGAAUGUUUAAAGAGAGUUUAAACAUUUGUACAACGAAGAUAAUCAUUUUGUUGUAUGAUAUAUCGAGUUAACGUAAUAUAAGUCAUAAGAGACUCUCUUCCGACGGUUUUCGCAUUAAGAGGAAAUUCAUUUAGACGAUGUAUCAAAAGCGGUGUGAGAAGGAGCCCUGUAGUAACAUUGUAAAUGAAUCGCUCCCCGAGGCAUUAAUUACAAAAAUAGAAUCUAUCAACGUGUUGUACCCUACUCGGCAAUAUGAUUACAACUUUAAGAGACUUCUAGUACUUUAACUCUAACACACACAUACACACGUAGGGUAGAGAAUAACGUAUAAUCAUAGGAGGACGAAAGUACGCGGCAUGGAAGAAUGGACGUUCUGAGAUAAGGACAGAGAAA